UCAAGGUUCAUUGAGUUUCCAAGUCUGAAACAGAGAACCAACAGAAUUCCAAACAAUUUGGAAAGGGAGAAGACAAAGGAAACAAAACACCCCCAUAUUGCCUUUUCUCUACCUUUCUCCUUUUGAAUAUUCAAAUUUUAACAAUUUACCAUCAACAGAUAGAAAAGGAACCAAAGAAACAAACAGAUUGUAAGAGAAGUUUACUCUAGUUCUGAUACUUUUCUUGUUCUUGUUACACUUUUUUUCUUCCUUUUUGCGUCAUAGUAUCUUUCUCUCCCCUCCUUUCUUAUUUUGUGGGUUCUAUUAGAACUGCCUAUAAGGCCAUGCAAUGCAACAAGAAUUGAUGUAAGUUUGAGUUUUUUGUCAGUCUUUGUUGGUAGAGGGAGGAUAGAACAGUACAGAACAAGAAACAGAGGAAAAUAUGAAGAACGAAGAUCAAGCAAGGUCUCUUUUUGGGAUUUCUUUAUCUGAUCGUCCCAGAUGGCAGCAAUUCGUUAUUUGCUCGUCUGGUUUCUUCUUUGGUUAUCUUGUUAAUGGCAUUUGUGAGGAGUAUGUAUAUAACCGGCUCAGUUUCAGCUAUGGAUGGUAUUUUACCUUUGUACAAGGUUUUGUGUAUUUGGCACUGAUACACUUACAGGGUUUCACUAUUAAGCAAAUGGUGAAUCCAUGGGGAACUUAUGUAAAGCUUUCUGGUGUUCUUAUGGGUUCUCAUGGAUUGACAAAGGGUUCGUUGGCUUACCUUAACUAUCCUGCACAAAUCAUGUUUAAAUCCACAAAGGUACUGCCUGUGAUGGUGAUGGGAGCCUUUAUUCCUGGCUUGAGAAGAAAAUACCCUCUCCAUGAAUAUGUCUCUGCCAUUCUUCUAGUCAUUGGCUUGAUUCUCUUCACAUUGGCAGAUGCCAACACUUCUCCAAAUUUCAGCAUGAUUGGGGUUGCGAUGAUUAGUGGAGCUCUAAUUAUGGAUUCAUUCUUGGGUAACUUGCAGGAAGCAAUCUUUACCAUGAAUCCUGAAACAACUCAGAUGGAGAUGCUAUUUUGCUCAACAGUGGUUGGGUUGCCUUUCCUGCUUGGACCAAUGAUAGUAACAGGCGAGCUGUUCAAGGCGUGGAGUUCUUGUUAUGAGCAUCCUUACGUGUACGGGGUGUUGGUCUUUGAAGCAAUGGCCACAUUUAUAGGUCAAGUCUCUGUUCUAUCACUCAUUGCUUUGUUUGGGGCUGCCACUACAGCUAUGAUAACAACAGCAAGGAAGGCAGUUACGUUGCUGCUGUCAUACUUGAUUUUCACGAAACCUCUUACUGAACAGCAUUGUUCUGGUUUACUACUCAUAGCCAUGGGAAUUCUAAUCAAACUCCUGCCUGAAAAUAAACCUCCUACUCGAGUUUUGAUGCCCAGCACCAAUACAAAGCAGGGCAAGUCUCUUUUGAAAGAAGUGAAGAAGCCAUCAGAUAAUAAAGGAGACGAAGAAGAUCAAGGGAAAAGCCCGUUAAUCUGAGGUUUACAAUUUGCAGUCUGUUCAUAUGCAGCCGCUUUCUUGCUUUUUUGGCUUCCUUGUACCUUCAAAGACGUUUAGAUGGGAGCUGGUGAUUUCUCAAUCCCACUGCAGCAGCCUUUUCGCUUUUUUCAUUUUAUCAUUUUCACAUCCCAUACGAUUCUUUGCUUAAGUUUUGGACUAGCUUUACUUGUAACACUAUUGCAUAAGUUAAAAUUAGUUUAUAGCUUCAAAUGCUGAGGAAUCGUGAUGGAAUGAAAUGUCACUCUGAAGUUUGGUUGACAAAUUUAUGGUGAACUAGUCUGAGUUUCCAUUCUUAGGAAGAUCGAAUGAGAAAAUGCACCU